AAGUCCUCCGUGCGGCUCGCCUCAGGCAGAACAAUCAGCACCAAACGCGCGGCCAUAAUCCCAUGGCAAUUCGAGGGCGAGAGUAGUCUCUCUUGGGUAAAUUGCCUGGUUCUGCAGCAGGGCGCGCAUGGCCUCUUCCUUGGGGGCAACUUCCUUCGGGCAACCGAGACCCUGACGACGUCAAGCAUCGCAUCAAGACGACGGUACGGGUCUUCAAGAAGAGUAUGUUGUCUCCAAUAAGGUUGAACCUCAAAUUACAUGGGUUUUGACAUGCUGCGCUCAUUUGGGUAUCUCGAUGAAGAGGUCGUCUCGGCGCUGCCGGUUUCCGGAUCAAAUAUCAUGGCCAUGUCGGCCGAUUAUGCGAGAAAAAGGGAAUCUGUCGUGGAUAGGAGACAUGAAAGGCAAGUGGGAGUGCAGUUCGCAGAUGUGUCGACUGCGUGGACGGAUGGUAUUGUGAGUCAACUUCAGCGGAAAUUCGGGAACACGGGUGAGAAAGUGCGAUCGGACUUUUACGUGUUGGAGCAUCUACCUGUGGAUGUUCUCUUGAGCAGUGACUUUGUGUUUGGCCAUGAUGUGUUUGUGGAGCACGAGAGGGCGUUCUUCGACUAUGGUUAUGCGUUGGACUUACUGCACCUGUGCAACAUCCGAUUGAUUGGGAGGUAUAGCAGCGACCUGAAGAAGCUGGAGGAAGAAGGUUUGAUUGAUGUCACGUCGCCAGAUGCCUUCAGCCCCCUGAUGGUUGAGAGGGAGCUUGCCCGCCGCGACGCCAUCCGAAACCUGAUCUCGGGACGCACCGUUUCUGACCAGAUAUCGGCACAGCAAGCCGAAGUCGAAAGACAACGGCAGUGGGAACAUUGGAGAGCGGAACACGCGCUCAGAUGGGCAAACGUACCUCCUCCUGACCCCAUACCCGGAUCAAACAUGGGGGCUUCCGAGUCGGAUUCUGGGACGAGUGCUGGAGGGACGUUGAGGUUCUUGCAGCCCGGCAGGUGAGCUCAGAGAAACUUCAGGGUGAUUGGAACUCCCCUGGUGCCCUUACGGAGGCGGGUUCCCAUGCAUGUGUCGGCUGAGGAUCAAGUGUAAGCAGCCGUCCCGGUUCACAUCAUCCAUCCGUUUCAUUGUGUUUCUCUCCUUCAUCUGUCAAGAUAAUUAGCUCGAUGGUUCACCUGAUUUGUGGUCUUUUGCCACUUAUGUAGGCGGAUCAGAAUGAUCAGCUUCAAGUUUCGAGAAGUCUUAUCUCAGAAGGGCGGAAAAUCCAAAUUGUCACAUCCAAAUCACAACUACAGCCUCUUAGCCCGCUCGUGCCAUCCUAUCAUAGUGUCUCACACCUCUUUUGACCCAAUCCACUUCUGUAUAUAGUUAGUCACUGAAUCAGGAUGAAG